UAUAUAUAUAUGGUCGCAACGCAAGGUGUCGACCUUAGAUCAUACAUAGAUGUCGACCUCCUGAAAACAAUGUGCUGCCAUGUGACCUUAACCGCCUGUAAACAAAUUCGUGGUAAAAACCUUGUACUUACAAAUACAUAUUUAUUAGCUAGCCAUUUACCACGUAUCUAAUAUGUCUUGGAUUGCAAGUAAUCCGCUAAGUAUCUUCCAGAAAUUUUGUAUAAACGUCUUAAAAUGUGGCCCGAUACCACAGCACGUCGCAUUUAUAAUGGAUGGCAACCGAAGGUACGCAAAACAGCAGCGGUUAGACAAGCAAGUAGGACAUUCUCGAGGUUUCGAUAAGUUAACCGAAACGUUACAAUGGUGCUUGGAAUUGGGAAUACGGGAGGUCACAAUGUACGCAUUCAGUAUUGAAAACUUCAACAGAAGUCAGGAAGAGGUGGAUGCUUUGAUGGACUUAGCUCGCGAGAAAUACGCCCGCUUGAUCGAGGAGAAGGAGAAACUUAUGGAGGAGGGCGUGCGAAUAUCCGUGAUCGGAAAUUUGACUUUAUUACCGGAAGAUAUUCGAAAAUCAAUUGCAGAAGCUAUGAUUAUGACAAAACACAACAGUCGAUUGUUUCUAAAUGUAGCCAUGGCAUAUACGUCACGAGAUGAAAUUACGAAUGCAGUUAUAGACAUAACAAACGGGGUGAAAUCUGGCAAACUAGGUACGGAAGAUAUAGACGAGGAAUUGUUAAACAGCUGUCUGUACACAAAUCACAGUCGCAAAAUUGAUGUACUAAUUCGAACAUCUGGCGAGACGAGAUUGAGUGAUUUCUUAUUGUGGCAAUCUGGAUUUGUUCAAAUAUUUAUUGCGGAUGUGUUGUGGCCUAACUUUUCAAUUUGGCAAUUGUUAGGUAUGAUAUUUAAGUACCAAAGAAAUUAUCGCGAAUUGCAACGGGUCACAGUUGAAUGUAGGGCACUCGAAUUAAGCACAAAGCAACAAGUAUUCUUAGAUGAUUUGGGGUGUUCUCGAAUGGGGAAUUUAGAGCAGUACACCACUUUGUAUACAUAAAUUUAUUAUCAUAAAUAAAAUUGAAAUUUAGUUACCUA